AUGGUCGGGGCUAUAGAGAAUUGGGAUUGGGGGGAGUGGGAGUGGCCUGAGACCGUGGAAGACAACCCGAACUCCAAUCCACCGAACAGCGCUGAAGUGCUUCCUCCAAACCCCGACCAAAUGAAUGAGGUGAAGGCUGGCGCGGUGGGUGGUGAACAUGAAACAAAAGAAAUCAAAGGGUCAACGGACAGGGAUGGGAAAACAAAGCAAGCAAUGCGAGCCGCCCAAAGCACACCCGCAGAAUGGGAGAAGCCAGCAGUUGAACCCAAGCGCAAGCCCAAAGCCAAGCCUACAAAGAAGAAAGCGCAAGAAAACGGAGACGAGAAAAAGUCCAAGACAUACAACAAGACCGACUAUGGGAAAGCAAAAAAUGACUUCUUUGAUGCGUUUCCCAGCCGCAUCUGGCACACUUCCGCUUUGAAACCGACGGCCACUCGAAUUACUCAGAAAG